AUGCUGACGGCAAAAUUGGCUAGAGAGGACUGGAAGAAAUACUGGGCAGAAAUAGCGACCUCCAUUGAGCAGGCAUCGAACGUGGAUGCUACUCGAAAAGUCUACCAACUUAUUCGCAAUGUUAGUUUGUCAUGCGACCCACCUUCCGAAGGAGAAAUUGCCGAUGCCACAGUAAGGUUGAGCAAGAAUAAGGCACCUGAAGAGGAUAGUAUACCCGCUGAACUCCCUGAGGUGAUUGGACAAGUGUGGAGAGACGAGGCCGGUCUUGAUGACUGGGGCUCAGGCGUCUUUCUGACUGUCUAA